UUUUAAGCGUGCCCGAGUGCAAGGGCGGCAGCCUAGAUGGUGUUCGGAUGAGGUGUGGGCCAACCUCGUCCGCCACUGGUCUUCUGAUCCAAACUUCUUGGCAAGGAGCGAAUCUAGUAAGAAAAACCGGAUGUCUGAGAAGGCCUUGGAGACCCAAUGGCACGGGGGUCGCAAACCUCAGAGUAAACAUAGAGAAGCUCUUGCGGGGCCUGAGAAGAAGAAGGUCUCGAUCCUCAAGGUCAUCAAACAUUGUUGGACAAAGCACGGCGAUGAGUCGGAAGCCGAUCUGCCACCCUGCCUCGCCGAAAUCGAAACGAAGUACAACACAAAUGUUGAGAAGAAGCGGGCGGAAUUAGGCUUGACCCAGGAGGAUGAGAUCGAUUCUGAUGUGGAAGAUGAUGCGAUCCUUGAGGCUGCUGGAGUGUACAAGGGUCGGGUUCUGUGCAUGGGGGCUGAGGGGCAACGGAUUUUGUAUGACCGCAGCACCGGAGCUUCAUCUUCUCGAUUAGGGCGGGGAGAGGAUCCACGCAUCGCCCAAAUGCAACUAGAAUUGGAGGAGGAGCAGCGGGCAUUAGAGCAGCAACGGAAGAAGGAUGAAGAAACAAGAGCCCGGCUGGAAGCGAUGGAGCGGAUCUUAAACGCCGGAUAUCAGCCUCAUCCUCGGCCGUACAUAUUGCACCCCAAGCAGACUCCUCAAGUUCCGCACAUGGGCAACAUGGGUUAUCAUUCUAACUCCAGAUAUAGUAGCAGCCUAUGAUGGAUCCGGCAUUCGGAUCUCUGUCGUAUGGUAUCUUGAAUCAAUUUCAGUCAUCCGGUCUCAAUUUUUAGCCAACUUAUCUUAUACUUAAAAGAACUACAUAUAGAUUUAAAGUUUUUCCGCUCAAUUGUUAUCGAGUUUAUCUCCUAAUACCUAAAAUCACAACAUAUGAGAGAGAAAUGUAUCCCACUCAAUUGUUAGCAAGCUUAUCUUCUAAUAUUUAAAAGCACUACGUAUGAGAUAGAAAAUUAUCCCUCUCAAUUCCCUGCUCAAUUGUUAGAAAGCUUAUUUUCUAUUUUCUAAUACCUAAAGACACUACAUAUG